UCUGGUUAACUCUCGGGCCUGUGUCUCCUCUCCUCUCAGAACCGCCAGUUGCCAUGGUGAAGGCCCCCCGGGAUGUGGGUGUCCCUGAGACUGGGGCUGCCAGCUUCGAGUGCGAGCUGUCCCGCCCCAUUGCGGAGGUGAAGUGGUACAAGGACGGGACGGCGCUCCAAGCGGGGCCCAAGUGCCGCAUCUACUCAGUGGGCCGGCGGCGCCUGCUGCAGCUCAACCACUGCAACCUGGACGACGCAGGGGAGUACACGUGCGACGCAGGGGACUGCCGGGCCUCCGCCAUGCUGCGGGUCUACGGUACGACAGGCCGGCCGAGGGGCUCCGGGG